UAAUCACAGUACAGGAUAUAAAAACGUAUUUAUGCGUAUUUUUUUUCUCUUUCUUUUUUAUUUAAAUUCAUUCUGUAUUUGUUUUUAACACAGCGAGGUUAUAAUGUACGUUUUACAUCAAUUUAUAAUGUACACUGUUCACUUCAGUGUUUCAUAACAGGAUACUUUAAACCUGUCUGUUAUUAAGUCUACUGUCUGGAGCCAUGCAUUGAAUUUAUUCAGUUGCCCUUUGGGUUGUGUUCAUUACACUGUGUUAUUACUUUAAAACACUUUAAAAUAUAGAAAAUUGUGUUUCUUCGUGUAAAACAAAAGUCAGGAAACGUUUAAAAAAGUGAAAUAAUGACCACUAAGUCUGUCUCAGUCACCAAGUUCCCCUACUGGGAAAGUGGUAAAAGGAGAAUUCGAUUCUUGUAUCUAGUCGGUGAUAAUUCCAUUCAGCUGACCAAACCAAGCACAGAUGAGGAGUCAGUGAUCCCUCUGUUUCUUGGAGCUGAUCUUUUUUUGAACACAGACGUCCGCACUGAGAACCACCCCAGAUAUCAUGCCAAGUUUGCUCGAAGAGGUCUAGCAACCAAACUGGCUUUCGCUUCAGACUUCAGGUUUGAAGGCUUGCGAGUUCCUUGUUCCCAUAACAGUUUGUGGUUCUACUGUGUUCAUGGGGUUUUUCGAGCGGCAUUUGAACUCUACAGCAAACAAGAGCAGCUUUCAGUCCUGGAGUCAUUUCAGGAUCUGUGGAAAUCCCGGAUCAAUGAUAAUCAGCUAAACUCGGUGUACAACAUUGGGCUCCAGUUAGACAUGGAACCACCUAAAACUAUUGCUCAAGUGACACCAGUGGAAUUUAAUAAUUCAUCUAGUGACAUUUCUGUACCUGCUGAGGACAAUUUAAACUCUCAUGACGCACUGGAAGACCUGGAAGAAGUGACCUUAGAGUCAACAUCUGGUCAAGGAGAUAAUUGCUCUUCUGCAGACCAUGAUUACUGCUCCCAAAUGAAAUCAGUGGAGUCUAAAGACUUUAGUGUACUCACAGAGAGACUCCAUAGCAUAGGAAACAAAGUGAAAUGUGCAUCAAUCGUGGACAUGAACAGAGAAGAGACCAUUUUGAAACUUCUGGAUUAUGUUGAAUAUUGGAUUGAUGGACAGGUGGAUGAGGAAAAACUGACCGAAGCAGUAAUGGUCUUGCUUCAGACUCCUUUUCAUGGCUACUCCAUCUAUACCAGUCCUUUACUACAGGCUGUGGCAAGCUGGCUGGGUCGUCAGUUCCAUGAAGCCAACAGCAGCGUGAGUCACCAGGUGGAAGGAUUUAAGAUGAGAAAUAUUGAACACAUCAAAGACCUGCCUCCAGCGGAAGAUCUAGCAACCGAGCUCUUCCCGGAGGCCAUGAGGAACUUGCUGAUACACUGGAUGGGCCUCAGUGAAGAAGCGGCAACAUGGAAAAGGCUCAGCGAAUAUCCCAUUGUUUUGCUCAUACUAGAGUUUGCCAACCAUAAUCUCAUCACAGGAGUGGCUCAUGUCUUGUAUUCCAGUCUCAUAUGCAGGUAGAAAGACAUUAUUGUAUUCAGGGAUGUCAUUGAUACAUACUGAGUCUAAGUUUUUUAGAAUUCCUGCUUCACUUUACAGACACGGCCCAGUUAUUUUGUUGGCUUGGCUUCCACCAUGUCUCGUGAAGCUAACAGUGGAAUCUUUCCAAAACAGAAGACGACAUUUAAUAGAUGAAAUCUUUAAGGACCACUGGACGAUAGGGAGACUCAGCUUUUCCCUGAAGAACAUUUUGAAGAGGGAAAGUUAUGGUCACAUGUAAAACAUUUCAGAAGAGGGUACACUGGUCUGUUCCAUAUUUGUGAUCAUUUAGACAGAGGAUGACCUCGAUGUUCACAUUCUUCCCAGAGAUUUUCAGUGGGGUUCAGGUCAGAGACUCUAGUGAAGGUGAAU